UCGUUUUCGAGUUUUUGACACGUAUUUGAAGGCACCCUAUCUAUAUAUAUAUAUAAGCAAAGGGGAGCCACUGUGAUAGACCCAUCUUCCUUUCUUUGUUCUUUUACUCGGACUUCAAUUAUAUUCAGCUACAUAACACACCAGAGAUAUAUCUAAUAUCUUGAUACAUCAUUAAAAAACGACUUCAAAAAAAUUGUAGUGGGCGAGUAUCUGCAGCUCUAUGGGAUUAUCACUUUCGAUACUUCAAUCUGCUUGGGAAGAAAUUGUUACACAUUCACUCUUUGGUCUGUCUCUCAACAUCAGUUUUGCUUCUAAAGAUGGGGCUUUGAUUUUAAGGGCAACAAGCUUCAAGAAAAGAGAACCAGAAACUCCUAAUGUUUUGUCAAAUGGGUUCAAUAAGAUGAGCGGUUCAAGCCGGUUGAUGGAUAAUAGACCCGAACAUGUGAUCCUUAAAAGAAAUCUUUCAUUUGUUCAAUACGAGGAGACCACAGAUUCGGAUGCUCUUGGAAGCAAAAGUGAAAUGAAAUAUAAACCAGUGCCCGUGCUUUCUCUCCCUGAAGCAGUGGUUUUCUCUUCCCCCAGACCUGUCUGUGAGCUUGAUGCUGCUGCAACUAAACUUCAAAAAGUCUACAAGAGUUACCGUACGAGAAGAAAUCUUGCAGAUUGUGCUGUGGUGGUGGAAGAACUAUGGUGGAAAGCAUUAGACUUUGCUGCUCUCAAACGGAGCUCUAUUUCAUUCUUUGAUGUCCAGAAACCAGAAACCGCCGUGUCACGGUGGGCAAGGGCACGGACAAGGGCAGCUAAGGUUGGCAAAGGUUUAUCCAAGGAUGACAAGGCACAAAAACUAGCACUGCAACAUUGGCUUGAAGCUAUUGACCCACGUCAUCGCUAUGGACACAAUCUGCACAUGUAUUAUGAUAUUUGGUUUGAAAGCCAAAGCACCCAACCUUUUUUCUACUGGUUGGAUAUUGGAGAUGGCAAAGAAAUAAAUCUUGAGAAAUGCCCAAGAAGCACACUACAACGCCAAUGUAUCAAAUAUCUUGGACCAAAAGAAAGGGAUGAAUAUGAAGUAAUUGUUGAAAACGGAAAGCUGGUCUUUAGACAAGAUGGGAGGCUUGUGGAUACUGAUGAGAAAUCCAAAUGGAUAUUUGUUCUAAGCACCACAAGGUCCUUGUAUGUGGGGCAAAAGAAAAAGGGUACAUUUCAACACUCAAGCUUUUUAGCUGGGGGUGCAACCACAGCAGCUGGUAGAUUAGUGGCCCAUCAAGGUGUCCUAGAGGCUAUUUGGCCAUAUAGUGGUCACUACCACCCAACAGAAGAGAACUUCAAAGAAUUUAUAUGCUUUCUUGAGGAGCACAAUGUAGACCUUUCCAAUGUCAAGAGAUGUGCUAUAGAUGAUGAUACUUCUUCACUUAUUGGGACUAAUUCAUUUACUGCCAUUAAUGAAACACAACAAACUAUUGGUCCUACUCUAACUUCCCAAUCAGGCCCUGCAACUGCAAUUAAUGUCAAUGAUAGCAACGUGCCAACAACUGUUCAUAAAAAGGAUGAUUCAGCAGCAGCAGCAUUUAACCUGUCCAAGAGGUUGUCUUGCAAGUGGUCAACUGGGGCUGGACCUCGUAUUGGGUGUGUCCGUGACUAUCCUGAACACCUGCAAUCAAGAGCAUUGGAGCAAGUCAAUUUGUCUCCAAGGCCCACUUCUUCACGCCUCGUUAACUAUGGCCCAAUUCCUUCUCCCAGGCCCAGCCCUAAAGUUAGGGUGUCCCCCAGGCUUGUAUGCAUGGGAUUACCCAGUCCAAGAAACCCAAUUCCAGCUGCAAGUUAAAGGAAGCAUCACAGGAUUUGGGCCAUUAUUCAGCCCAAAAAUGGGUCAGCUCAGGAUUAACCAGAACUGUUUUCUCUCUCUCUUUUUUUUUAACCCAUAAUUCGUUUAUUUCUUCAUUAUUUUAGGAAUUUGGUGUGGCACAUUGGAUCCUUCACCCAUUUCUGCCUCUUUGUUUUUUGGGAAGGCAUAAAGAUUCAAUUAACAUUUUUUAUAUAUGGAGUAGUACAGAUUAUAAAGCAUGAUAAUCUGGAAACUCCUCUUUUACUUUUCCAUCCCCCCCACUUUUCUUUGUUACAAGUUACAACUCUUGUAUUUUUCUUUUACAUUAUG